AUGACGACCCCGAGGGGCGCACAUCGGCUUCCCGGGGAGGUAUCCCGUGAGCCUCUUCCUGGGUCUGUUCCUGGGCCUCUUCCUGCGCCUAGCAUUUCGUCUCUAGCACUCGACUGCGAUUCAGUACUUACCAGUCUCCAUGAAAUGGUGCCUUUAUCUUCAUAUCUGAAAUUAGAAAAUUCCAUCACCGAUGAGGUAGCGAGGUACAAGAUAUGGGCUGCGAACAUCGGCGCUCUACGCGAUGCAAAAUCGGCAGGCUCUCUCGACUCGAGAUUGAAAAAUUCCAGCCGUAUAAGGCUAUAUGUCACGUCAGGUCUGGAAAGAUUACAAAAUGCCGUUGACAGAGCAUCCGAGAUUGUGGCGGGAAUCAAGCCCAACAGAACUACAGAUUCUCUCCUAUCUGAUGAUCAAAUAACAAAGCUCACCACGCAACUUAUCAAUGAACAUGAGCUCGAAAGAACACAAAAUGGCACUACUGAACUCGCAGAAUUAUUCUUCAACAUUCGCUCAUGUAUUGCAAAUCUUUUCACACUAUCGACAUUAAUACGUCAGGACCGUCCCCGAGGACGUCUACAAUGCCAAAGUCCUCUUUUACACACGCAGAACGACGCCGGUCCUGAUAUAACUAAUGUCAAGGACAAGUUCCCGAAGCUGAGACAAAGACCGUGGCUCGCAGAAAGAAUAGGAAAACGCAUCUCUCAGCAACGCGAUUAUAUUAGAUAUCGACAGGUUCAUCGCCAAAAGCUCGCGAAACGUAAACUCACCGACCCAGUGACCCAAGAUGGAGGCUCUGGGAUCUUGUCCAAUAACGCCACUACGAAAGCGACUACUUUUGUCGAACAGCUUGCUGUGAUUGAUGAGACCAGCGAGGUUGCAGGAGAGACCUUUACGGACGGCAGCAUCCAUACUGAAGCAACGUCAUUUGCUACAACUGCCUUUGGGGAUGAUGGUCCAGGCCGUGGUAUCCCGUCGUUAACUUCCAUGUGGUUGGACGGGGUCCACCUGGAUUAUGAUAAGCACAUCGAGUGUCCUUAUUGCCGUACGAUCCAAAUCAUUACCGAUAGAUCUGAUUGGAAGCGUCAUGUUUAUCACGAUCUCCAGACCUACAGUUGCACUUUCGAACACUGCUCAUCAGAACCGUUUCGGACUUCUCAUGAAUGGUUCAAACACGAGCUGAAUUGCCAUCGACGGCAAUGGAAGUGCAUCUGGUGUAGCACCAGAUGUGACUCCGCCUCGGCUCUAGAGACUCACUUCGCUUCACAGCAUCCUAAAACGGUGUCGGUGGGACAGAUCAAGGUCAUGGUGGAAGCUUGCGAAAAGGCAAUCAUCCAUUUCGACGACACCGCUUGCCCUCUAUGCAAUGGCUGGAAGACAGCCUCAACAACGGACAAUAACUCCAGUAAAUUUCGCUCACACCUCGCAAAUCACCUGCAGGAGCUGGCUCGAGAAGCUCUUCCGUUAGCGAUUGACGGCCUCGAUAUUAGGGAGCAUGAAGAAGCUGAUCGUGAGAAUCGAGAGGAAGAAGGCGAGUUCGAAUCAAUAUCGACUGGCGACAGCAAUGCUAGCCAUGGCGCCCCGACUUUGGUUUUUAUGGUCCCAUACGGAAAGUUCUCCAAAGCUGAGAGGCAAUGGCGGUGUUUAGUGAACGGUAGCUCAGGGCUCUGUCAGACUAGGUCCUCUGGACUGGAAGAUCUGGAGAGACACGCGAAGGCUGCACAUCCUGAAAUCAAAGCGGCUAUGCAUGUGUGUCACAACGCGUGCCCAGAAUGUGGCAAAAUCCUUGCCGCAACUGAGUGCGACGAUUGCAUCAACCCUCCUGACUCUGAAGUUUGGAUGUACGCAGCUUCCAGAGAUUUAAAGGACCCGAUCAGCUUUGAGGCGGAUUUUAAGCAAAGAUCCAUGCUGAAUCUCGAAAUUGCAGGUGAGAUCAGAAGAAACGUGUGGAGAAACAGCUUCAUGACAGGGAUUCCUGCUCGACGUGAAGAGGGAAUGGAUCAAGACCCAUUCAUGAACGCUUAUCUGGUUCGAGAAGGAGGUCAUCCCUCAUUUCAACCUUCAGAUUCCGACUACGUGAGAGAAGAGGUCUCGGUCAUAAAGUUUACCGAUAUCCUUGACCGAACCUUUCACUUCCCGCUCAGCAUGUGUUUAGAUUACCCGACCAUGAUAGAUAUGGUCAAGAUGGCAUUUCUUUAUGAGGACUUUGCCCAAAUGGUGAUAGCUGGGAGUUUCGAGUUAUUGAACUCCGAGAGCGACGUUAUCUCCCCAGUGGUCUGGAGCCGGGUAGUUGGACCAGGCUCUAUGGUCAAAAUGCGCCUUCUCGAAACUCCGGUAUCCGCCAAGACUGGAUACUCAGAUGCGGCGGAAGAACCGGGCCCCCUGGAAAAUCAACCUAUUUUGAAUGAGCGACCUGAAGACAAUGUAACGUUCGGCAUGGUCAAAAAGCAAGAGCCCGAUGCUCAAAGCGUGCGCUCAUUUUCGACUGCACCUUCAGGUUUGACGGCCUUGUCCAGUGUGCAAGCCAAGCUCAAUCGCGUAUCCCCAAUUUCCUCGCCGAGGAAGCUUGGCUGCGAAUUCAAUACGUGGACCAACUGCCAGGUAUCCUUCGACCUUGAGGAGGUUGACCAAUGGAUCCGGCAUGCAGAGGAUGAGCAUCUUCGCCGUAAAUACCCAUCUACAUGUAUCUGUUGGUUUUGCGACGACUUUGAGUUUAGAGCUGAACAAAGCUUAGACGCUGGAAUGAACUUCGAACACCGUAUGCGGCAUAUUGCGGAUCAUAUUCUCGACGGAUGUCAUUUCGAAAACAGGAGACCAGACUUUCAUUUCCUAGACCACGUGUAUGACAUGGGAUUGAUUUCCUCUGAAGCCUUUGCUCUUGCCAAAGGCCAGAGUGAAGGAGCGCCUGCACCUGCAGGUGUUUCUUCAUCAGGCUUCAGACCAACACGACGGUCUAGCUCGGAGCCAGUCGUUGAAGUCAUAGAAACUAGCAGGAGGAGACAACGCAACAGACUGCGUUAUCUCUGA